CGCAGCUGCUGGUGUGGACUCGGGCCGGCGCGCCGCGCGAGCGGGAUGAGCGCGCGCCCGGGCCUGUGACCGCCGUGGCGAUGGACUGCGGCUUCGUCGCGGGCGGGAGAUCGAAGCGCCCGCCGGGCCGCCGGCGGCUUGUGCUCUUCCUGCCUUCAGGCGGCUGCGGAAGCCCGGGCGGCCGCGGCGUCCCGGCGCGCUACUGCCUGUCAGCGCUGUCCGUGGGUCUGGGGGCGCUGAAGCCUCGCGCCCCGGCGGCCCCCCGCGGCGCGUCACGUGCCUCCCCGCUGCUCCUCCUCCUGCUUGUGCCCUCCCCGCGCCUGGCCACCGUCGCCCAGCGCCGGCCCCUAGCGGACCGGGAGCGCUCGCGCCUGGGGCCCUCUGUCCCCGCGGCUAGCCGCGGCGGCGCGGGAAGGUGCCUGCGGGGCCUCGCCCCGGGCGUCGCCUGGGCCGCCGGCGCCCUCCACCUGUGCCGCGGCCGAGUGGCCGCCAUCACUUCGUCCAGGAGAGAGCUAAGCCUCUCGGCUGGGAGCCUGCAGUUGGAGCACAGGAGAGAUCUGGAGCACAAAAGGCGAGAUUUCACCUCUUGUGGGAACAAGAAGCUCUACUUUGACACCCACGCCUUAGUGUGUUUACUGGAAGAAAAUGGCUUCACCACCCAGCAAGCAGAAAUCACUAUCUCUGCAUUGGUCAAGAUCACGGACGCCAACAUGGAUAUCGUCUACAAGGAUAUGGUCACCAAAAUGCAGCAGGAGAUCACUGUUCAGCAAAUAAUGUCUCAGAUUGCCAAUGUGAAAAAGGAUAUGAUUAUUUUGGAGAAGAGCGAAUUUUCGGCUCUCAGAGCAGAAAAUGAGAAGAUAAACGUGGAGCUACAUCGAUUAAAACAACAAAUAAUGGAUGAAGUGGUCAAAGUCCGAACAGAUACCAAGUUAGACUUCAAUCUAGAAAAGAGCAGAGUGAAGGAAUUGUACUCGUUGAAUGAAAGGAAGCUGCUGGAAAUGAGGACAGAAAUGGUGGCAUUGCAUGCCCAGCAAGAUCGGGCUGUCACCCAGACAGACAGGAAGAUAGACACUGAGGUCGCUGGCCUCAAAACCAUGCUGGAGUCACACAAGCUUGAUAAUAUUAAAUAUUUAGCAGUUGCCUUUGUACCGCUGAGUGGUGGUGGACAAAACACGGAAGACCCCACUCAGCCGGUCCAGUGAACUUGGUCUAACCUGUGGGACAUGCCAACAGUAAAAAUUUAUAUAACCCUAAAAUUUUCAAUCUUCUGUCACAUAGAGGAUUUUGGGGGUCUCCAUUUAAAAGGCACAACGACUUCACUAAGUGCUAAAGGAUCAUCGAAACUAAACCAAGAGCACCAGACCCUCUGUCCCUCUGACCAAGCCCUUCCCCUCAGCCAGCGCCCAUGUUAGGGGGCAGCCCCAGUGGGUUGGUGUGCUAAUGAUUCACCUGUACUGUCCCCCUAAAGAAGUUAUUUUUCUCUUAAUUUCCAUUGUCUUAGUAAGUUGUCAUGGUUACUUUUCAUGUGCCUUUCCGCCAGAAAAUCUUGUUGCCUGAUGAAAUUUUGUAAUCAUUACAAAUGGGGACUCUGGUUUUGCCUCUCAGAGUGCUAGAUUUCUCUCCCACCCUUACAUUGUGUGUGUGUGUGUGUGUGUGUGCGUGCGUGUGU